AUGGGAAGAAGGAGGUAUGACGUGGUGACCCGUCGACCGCACUGGCUCAUUUCUCAGGAGACGCCCAUUAAUAGGGCUUCCAUAUGCCCUAACUCAGCCAAGAAUCCUGAGAUGCACUGGUCAAGUGAGAGGUCACCCCCUCCGAUGCCGGACGUGAGGGUAUCGUCCCAAUCUUUGAUAGGACGGAUGGCAGCAAUGGGGGUUCAACGAGUUGCUCUUAGAAUGGGUUCUGUAAGCGAACACCGAGAAGGGGGUUCAGAGAACCUCAUAGAACUGGUUCAAGACCCGUUCGGAGGUAGAUUCGCCACCCAAACAGGAGUUCUUUGGAAGAGGCCGAAAAGGAUAAAAGGAGCCUUCCGGCCACCUUUCUCCCAAAGGAUCAAAUUAUCAAAAGUUACUUCACUUGAACUCAAACCAAUAACUAGCUUACUUGUUUCUUCAAGAACCUUGCACAACUUACCAGGUCCUUCCAAGUAG